AUGGCACGAACUAAUCUGGUUCCCCCACCACCUGAGAAACCACAACUACUAAGAUCACGAACCACGGGGAUAUUCCAUAUUGAAAAUCAAAUGGAAAACAACAAGCCUUCAAUUGUAUUUACGAAUAAGUUCCCGUCGUCGACAGAUUUAACUACUUCAGAAGAAGGCACCCCUGUUCCCAUGGUAAAACAAGAGACCAUAGUGGCGGUUUCUGACGUGAAUGCAAUAUCCACUACUGAUCACAAAGAACAAGAUCAUGCUAGAUUAUCCACCAGUUUAAACAAGAUAUCCCGAAGUUUAUCCCAUCAUUCAUUUAGAAAUUUACUUUCUCGAUCACAACUAAACUUGACCAAGAUGUACCAAAAGCCUAAACCCAAGCCAGAGUCUAUAAAACAACCAACGCCACAAGUGCAACAACCGGUACAACUUAGUCCAAGUUACAGUCCACCUGUGCCUAUCGUCCCUCGUCGCCCAGUAACUACCACCACCAUUGAACUUAAACCGAAUGACAAACUCCUAGAUGAAAGUUUAAGUGCAUCAUUGAAAAAAGCCUUGAGCAUUGAUUACAAGUUGGGAAAGGUACCUCUUCCAGAAAGAGUGAUUGAUGACCGAGCAAUUGUGGCCGGCCCCGGUGGUGGUUCCCUUGACAGCGACUUUGAUGAUUACCACUCCAAAGGUUGGUAA